AGGGAGUCGACAGCAUCUUCCCGUGCGAUGCGGUGACGUGCGGGUAGCACCCGCCUCUUCUUCCAAGACAUCUGAGCAGCGUGGAAGAGUAGACCAAACACCCUCCCUCUCGAGAGGGGCUCUCUGGAGCGCCCUCUGGUGGAGAGGCCUCUUUCACUAGAGGGAUGUCUGUAUCUUUUCCUUCAGGAGAGGAGAGUCAGGCGCUGCAAAGAGCUGCUGACAUCGCCGAGUCUCCACUCCCAGCAAUGUCUGGAGAUGAAGACGAGGAGCGCUCAAGCCAGGCUCGAGAUGAACUUGCACGAAAGCUCAGAGACGUGGGUCUUGACGAGGUUUACUGGAAACAGAAACUGCGCGAGGUUCUGCUAAUUUCUAGUGCACAGGCGCUGCUUCACCUCGACCGUCAGGAAUGCAAAGAACUGGACUCGCAUUUCCGUAAAUCGUGGGAAAAGCGGGCGUUUUAUGCAAUGGUUGGCUUUGAUGCUGUUCGUGAUGAAGAGGUAAUGAGCUUGGUUCCACAUACACAAAAUGAGAAUAUGUUGCCUUCUGUCGUGUCUGAUAAAAUGAAUGAGCAAGCCCAAGCAACGGGAAAUUAUGUGUCAAGCCAUUGUGUGUCAGAUGAGAUUUUACAAAAUGCCUCUGGGGGGCUUGCUCUAGAGGGAGUGUACAUGGGUGGGAAGUUGGAGGAUAUAUUAGAGAAGAGAGGGAAACUUCUGACAAUCCCACAAACAUUCCAGUUCGUGGAUCCGGUCCACACACCUAUGACACAACAACACGAGUUUAUUUCUUUCAGUGAAGAAUCCGUGUUCAAGAAGAGCAUGGAAGUCAUGGGCUUCAGCAGCACUGCCUCAAAGCAAGGUUGUGCCUCUACCUUGAGUAGAAAACCAAUCUCAAUGCAAACAAAGUCAUUUAAUCUUAAGGAGAUGCAAAAUAUUCAGCCUCAUCAUUCCUAUAUUUCCAGGACAGAGUACACGUACCUGCCAUUAGCCUCAGGGCAUCUUCAAAGGACACAACUCAGGCUGUCUGAUGCAGCCCUGAAGGAGCUACAAAAUAUUGAGAACACCUUGGAAAACACGAAAGAAGAUUUCAAAAGCACCAGGCUAACCAGCAUGAUCAGAGGCUUCUUCCACAAAUUCGGCUCUCACGCAAACGAGGGACCCCUCGAAUUUGGAGGAAUAUUUUGGAGGAAGGCGUCGGCUCAAGGUUUCAGUUUAGAUCAGCAAGAUGAAAUGAAACGUCUCUUGUCCAAGUUAUUGGGAUCCACCAUUGGUGCUGAUUGUGACAGUCGUACGACUACUGAUGCGGGCGCUGCAAUGACCACUGAGCCAGCUGCAAGUGGCUCUGGCCAGCGCGGCCCGGUGCUCACUGAUAUGGUGAAGAUCACUCCUGCGCGUGAAGGGCAGAAGAGGCGGGCGCACCACGUGUCGCGAGCCCCCGAGGAGGAGGAGGAGGAAGCGGCGGCGUCCAUCACCACGGCCCGCUGCUGA